GUUUUAUGUUGAGAUUAGCCACUUAGGCAAUUAAGAGUAUGGUGCAAAUAAUGCCAGUUAUUAGACCCAUUCAAUUUUGUUAGAAACCUAUGCAAUUCUUUGGAUUGGCAAGAUUAUUCAAAUAAACUCGUAUAAGUGGGUAGGCGAGAUCAAAAACAAAAUCCUCGUCUUCAAGUUGGAAAAAGAGAAUCAGGAGUCAAAACAGAUUGUAUAAGAUUGGGAAUCACAAGGGAUUGAUGAAGAGGGUCAAAAUUGUGGGUCCAAGGAGAGCUAGAAGGCUUAAGUUCAAGUCUCCUGGGUCAAGGCAUCUUAAUCGAAAUUGUUCAAAAGCCAAUUUGAGGAGAAAACGACGAACCAGAUAUAUAAGCGAUGUUGAUAUGCCAAGAAUGAGAAAGUUGCUGCCAUUAAUGAAGAGGUAGAAAUGCAAAAGAGGAUCGUGAGUAUAUAAAAGAGAAGAGAAAAC